GCCCUGGCCACACCCCAGGCUGUGUCACCUUUGUCCUGAAUCCACAGAGCAUGGCCUUUACUGGAGAUGCCCUGCUGAUCCGAGGGUGUGGACGGACAGACUUCCAACAAGGUUGUGCUAGGACUUUGUACCAUUCUGUGCACGAAAAGAUCUUCACACUUCCUGGCAACUGUCUCAUCUAUCCGGCUCACGAUUACCACGGGCUCACCGUCUCUACUGUGGAGGAAGAGCGGACUCUGAACCCACGGCUCACCCUCAGCUGUGAGGAGUUCAUCAAGGUCAUGGACAACCUGAACUUGCCCAAGCCGAAGCAGAUAGACUUUGCUGUUCCCGCAAACAUGCGCUGUGGGGUCCAGACGCCACCUUCCUGACUGGUCCCAGCCGGCUGCUUGUAUCCGUUGCUGCUGGUGGGGUGAGGGGAGGGGCGGCACCCCAGAGCCUCUCUCCUCUCCCACCCCUACUCUCACCAGCUAUUUGAGCUUCUUAAAUAAACUUUGUUUUUGCCACGA